AUGGACGAAAACCGAAACCGCGCAGCAUCCGAGGAAAUGCUAGAGAACGUCUGGGCGAGCUUCAUCGGCCAAAGUCCAUCGGAACCGCCCGAAACGUGGGAACGAUUGCCUGGUCUCGACGCGAGAACUGGGUCGGCGGGGAUGUUGCAAAGGCUGCCUAGUUUAGGCAGAUGGGUGUCGAUGGGGUCCGAAGCCUGGGAGGAGAUCCUAAGUGAGAUCGUCCCUGGAAUGGCUCAAUCAGAUGUUAAAGACAGGACAAGCGGCUCAUGCUCCGAAGCUGAAGUGAAUUCCUCAGCAGGCAAGGCGGUGAUUGCGCGACACUACCGGGGAGUGAGGAGGCGGCCGUGGGGGAAGUACGCGGCUGAGAUACGGGACUCGUCGAGAAAGGGGGCCCGCGUUUGGCUCGGGACGUUCGACACGGCGGAGGAAGCCGCUCUGGCCUACGACAAGGCAUCACUGAGAAUUAGAGGGCCUAAGGCCUAUCUAAACUUGCCAAUUGAGCAAGUUGCUGAGGCUACUUCACACGAGGAUUGUCGGCGCAGAGUGUGGGGUAAUUCAGCCAUGAUUUCUCGAGGAACGGGCAGUGAUAGCACGUUGCCGAGCCGUGGAGAGAAAGUCGUCGAGGCGGGAAAGAGGGCGAGGGAGCCGGACAGAUUCGAUGGGGUGAUGAUGAAUGACGGACCUCCAUUGAAGAGGAUGGAGAGCAUGGGAGAGAGUCGCUGGAUCGAUGAAUUUGACGUUGUGGAAUUCCAAGAUUUGGGGAAUGAUUUGUUGGAUAGCUUGCUCUCUUGUUCAUAAGGAGAGAUGGUGAAUCUAGUCAUCAUUGAGACAGAUUCUUUUGAAGUAUGGUCGAGGAUGUUUGUAAGAUUUUGUUCGUCUCUGUUGCAAGAUUUAGUGUAAAUGGUUCUCC